AUGGAUCCUCUCUUUCCAGAUCGGGUUGAUACAUUGAAAAAUCAAGUAAGUUUGCUCACGAGUGAAAGAGACCAACUGCAGCAGAACACGGCAGAAUUAAGCAGACAUUAUGAAACCUGUAGACUGGAGUUUGUAAACACACGAAGCAGAAUUGAAACCGAGUUGUCCGAGGCCUCAUCAGCUCGCGAUGCUGCUCUAUUACGCGUGAAGGAGUUGGAAAAUGAUAUCAGCGUGCUGCAGAAGGAACUCACGCAACGAAGAAUGGUUGUGAGUGUUGCUGAGGAAGCCCAAAAUAUUCCUGUCAACUAUACUGAAGAUGACAUCAACCGCAAAGUUGAAGAAACUCGGCUUAUUUUGGAUGCUGAGUGGCAGAAGAAAUUUGAUGAAGAAGGCAAAAUUGAUCAAAUAAUCUUUGAACGUGAGCAGACGGUCAGCGAGUUGCAAAUGCGACUAAGGUUGAUGGAAGAAAGAUCAGCUGAAACGAGGGCAAAUGGAUCGGAUCUGCUAUCCUUAUCUGAACAACUUCAAAACGAAAAGGCUACUGUUUCGCGUGCUGUAGCUCAAAAUAGGGAACUUAAGGAGCAGCUUAUAGAGACUGAAGAUAGACUAGUCGCUCUAACUGAAGAGAAGCUACAGUCUGAGCUGGCUCGUCAAACUGCUGAACAUCAAGUGAGAGAGUUGAAGAGAAGACUUGGAGAGUCUGGCGAGACUGCGCAGUCCUUAAGUGGACCCACGGAAUCUCCUAGUAUAACUAGCACGACUCUGGAAGCUGUAUUGCAUCCGUCAAUGUCAUUAGAACCGUCUCGUUUAAGUGAAGAUUAUGAAGAAUCCGAUCGUGAUCACACAGAA